AUGAAGAUCCCAGAUGGGGUGGAGCAAAUAUGCUGGGGAAUGAAGAAAAUAUCUGGCAUGUUGGAAGGAAAGGCUGUUGAAAUUGCCCUGGAUGCAACAUAUAAUACAAAUGCGAAGCACCUAGAGCUAUAUAGUGUGCUUGCAGAAUAUGAUAAUGCUGGCUUCCCACUCAUACAAAAGCCUUACAACAGUGGGCUACUUGCCUUUGUGACCAUUAUCAUGUUCACCCAUGGUUUAUCCAUGUCAACAAGGAUAUGGCAGAAAUUACUCUGCUGGUGGCAUCUGUGGAGAGCUGUACAAGAAUGGUUAGCAAGAGAAAAACUGUCAAAAACACCCUACCACCUCCUCUGGGCAAAUCAUGAAUUUUCCUUCAUCAGUGUUGACUUCCAGCCCCUCAGCACACCUGAUGUUGCCAAGUUUGAGGGCAGAGUCCUUCUGGAACAUGAUGAGAUCCCCCAUGACAACAUCGUGCCUUCACUGUCCAAUCACAUCCCAAAUCCAUCUUUCAGCAUCACUACCAAACCAGACAUCAGCACAUAUGAAUCCAUCACAGGCACAGGCAGAGUCAUCAGCAACACAAAACUUACAAUUAAAGUAAAGGCACCAAAGCAACUGGAGAGCACACCAUCCUGA